UAUUGUUGCGAAGUGUUGCAGAACAGAAGAGAGGCGUCAACUGCCGUCAGGGGGAACCGGACCGGUCGAUUCACCUGCAGCAUCACUUUUUUUUUCAAACAAAAAGGGGAAAAUCAACUCGUUUUUAUUGUUUGGACACUGACCGUCGGCAGGCCAACGAAAUGGAUAUUAAUGCUGCAAAUUCGGAGAAAUCCCAUCUGAUAGACGACAAGAAUGCGAAGAUGUAUUCCCUCAAGCUGCAAAGCUCCGGUCCAGACUCAAAAGGGCAAUACGCGGACUUCCCUUUUAAGAACGGGGGGUCGGGUGCCAUUGAGUUGAAACGACGCGUUGGUACACACUGCCAUGGCUCCAAAGCUGCGGUCUGCGAGGAAACAGGGGACAAGCUGUUGGCGAAGAGGAAACUUUACAUUGCUUCAGCAAUCUGCCUUGUGUUUAUGGUUGGCGAGGUCAUAGGAGGCUACAUGGCCCACAGUCUUGCCAUCAUGACUGAUGCAGCCCACCUCCUGACAGACUUCGGCAGCAUGAUGGUGAGCCUGUUCUCACUGUGGAUUUCCUCCAGGCCUCCCACCAAAACCAUGAACUUCGGUUGGCACAGAUCAGAGAUCCUUGGAGCACUCAUCUCAGUGAUGUCCAUCUGGAUUGUAACAGGAGCUCUGGUAUAUUUAGCCAUUGAGAGGAUUGUACGCAACGACUAUGAGAUAGAGGGCCAUGUAAUGUUAGUCACCUCCGGAUGUGCUGUCAUUGUAAAUAUUGUUAUGGCCUAUAUUCUCCAUCACUCCACCAGUGUCCACCCUCACGGCAGUGGCUACCAUCAGAUUGAUGAAAAUGGUCAGAGCCCCAUUGGUCACGGUCACACCCACGCGCUCCUCGGUGACCAUGGUAAUGCAAGUAUCCGCGCUGCCUUCAUCCAUGUGGUUGGAGACCUUCUGCAGAGUGUUGGCGUUAUGGUGGCAGCAAUCAUCAUCUACUUUCGGCCUGACUGCAAAGUUGCUGAUCCCAUCUGCACGUUCCUGUUUUCUGUCUUUGUCCUUUGCACCACGGUCACCAUCCUCAGAGAUGUUUUUAGGAUACUCAUGGAAGGGUCUCCUAGAGCAAUUGAAUUUAACGCUGUAAAGGAGGUGCUGCUGUCUGUAAAAGCUGUGAAGUCCUUGCACUGUCUGCACCUUUGGGCUCUGACUCUGGGCCAAGCAUUGAUUUCUGUUCAUCUGGCCAUAGCUGAGGGGGCUGACCCUCAGCUAGUGUUGCAGGAGGCCACGGAUCUCCUCCACACCAAGUUCAAUUUCUACAGUGUCACCAUCCAGGUUGAAAUCUACUCAGAAGACAUGAGCCUCUGCUCUCGCUGCCAGGACCCUAGUGACUGAUACUUGACCUAACAGGAAAUGGACCCGCUCAGACACAUUCUCACUAUAUAUUCUUUGGCUGGGCAGGAUCCUCCGUGAGCUUCACCUUCCUGGUGAAAAACUAAAAAGGGUUUUUGGUAUACUGUUGCAUUUUCACAAAGUCACAAGGAAUUACACAACAAAAUCAUUCAUGUGUGCUGAGCGCCGAUGCUAAGGCUCCAUGCUAACCUAUAAAUAGGUUAUAUCCUAUAAAUAAUGCUACAU